UUUUUUUUAAUUUUUUUUUCAACGUUUUUUAUUUAUUUUUGGGACAGAGAGAGACAGAGCAUGAACGGGGGAGGGGCAGAGAGAGAGGGAGACACAGAAUCCGAAACAGAAUCCCCCCCUGGUCCCUAAGUUUUAUAUGAGCCAACGUACAGCCCACGUUCCUCCACCACACUUCCCAUUUACUCACGUGUUUGUGUCUACACAGACUCCUGGAUUCUGAUUUUAUCAGGGGGUUAUGGUCUCAUUUGUCACCUCCGUGCUCAAAUUGUCCCAGAUGGGGCCAGCGGGAGCCCUCCGAGCUGGCUCUCGGUCCUUCCACCUGUUCUCCUCAUUCUUUGGCCAUUUCCUGACUUUCUCGACCCCCCCAAAAAGAUGCUCCCGGAUAACCUUGUAUCUCCUCUGUCCCCUCUCCCUGGAAUCAGCCAUUCUCUCCAAGGAGAAGGGAGGGUGCUGUUGAAGGCAGGGGGCUGACCCCUCACCCCUGAAUGACCCCCUCCGACUCCGAUUUCAAUGCGGCUGGCCCCGGCCAAUGGCAGAGGCGAUGCUCUAGCGGUUGCCAUGGAGACUUCUGGGGCGCCCGAGCCGGUGACGUCACUGCGGGAACAAGUGCCGCGGCCACAGCCACAUCCUUGUCUUCUCCGGGCCACGGGGCACUGAGGGCGGCCUCUGGGCCAGCCAGCCUACCUUCUGGGCCCCCCACCCACGACACCCCGGUGGCAGCAACCCCAGGGAGAUCCGGCCUCCCAGAUCCGCUGAGACCGCCAGGGCCGGCGAGACCUUUGGAGACCAUCCCCAAGAAAGGACAGCGCAUCUCCGGGCCCUCCUCGGUGCGGCCUUGCCCAGGUGGGGGGGAGCCCCCAGCCGGCUGGCAGGCGGCACCUCCAUUUCACUCGGCCUCAGUCCCUGGGAUCUCCCGAGAGCCCCCUCAGGGGAAGGUUUACAAGAAACCUGGACGCCGGGGCCCUGUGGGCAGGGCCAGGGGCCUCAUCGACUAGAGGGACCGACCGGGCCCCUUGCGGCCUGUCUCCGGCUCAGCCUUUGCGAGGGGAUCGUGGCAUCCUGGAUCGCCUUCCGGAUCCCCGAGGCAGCUCGGGGGUGCCCCAGCGGGCAUACUGCUGCCUCCGCGAGCUGGGCAGGAUGCUGUUCGGGGUGAAGGACAUCGCCCUGUUGGAGCACGGGUGCAAGGCUCUGGAGGUGGACAGUUACAAGUCCCUGAUGAUCCUGGAUAUCCCGGAAGACUGCGACCACGAGGAAUUCGAAGACAUCAUACGGGCCCCCCUGAGACCUCUGGGCAAGUUCGAAGUGGCUGGGAAGGCCUUUCUGGAAGAAGAGAGGUCCAAGGCAGCCAUCAUCAGGCUGGCGGAGGACCUCAAUUAUGCCGUCAUCCCCAGGGAGAUCAAGGGCAAGGGCGGCCUGUGGAGGGUGGUCUACAUGCCCCGGAAGCAGGACAUUGAAUUCCUGACCAAGCUGAACCUCUUCCUGCAGAGCGAGGGCAGGACGGUGGAGGACGUGGCCCGGGUCCUGAGGCAGGAAUUGUGCCCCGCAGUGACGGGCCCCAGAGAGCCACCUGCCAGAAAGUGCCGCGCGCCCCCCGGGGCCGGGGAGAAGCAGCCCGGGGCUGGGGCCACCGCCGGGGCGGAUGCGGCGCCGCCUCUGGACUCCACGGAGAAGCCGAGCAAGCCUGGAGAUGACAAGAGAGGCAAGAGGAAGCAUAAGAAAAACCGGCGAAGGCACCAUGCAUCUGACAAGCUGUGAGAAAGUCGUCCAGGGUGGACCACACUGUUUUACACACGGCAAGCAGAAACCAUGCCUGACAAAGUGAGAUGCCUGCUCGCCACACCUGAGGAGCUCCGUGCUCUGGCGCUUGACUCUCAAAAGCUGUCGCUGUUCUGUACUCGCUCGGUGUCCCUUACAGGGAUGGUCAGACGGGGGACUCUUCUGCUCUGAUUGGCGCCUGGGCUUGGGAUGUGGGUCUCCCCAGAUCCACCUCCAGAAGCUCUGACUUGCGCAGAGGGGGCGCUCGGCUCUACAGAGCAAAAGGCAAGACUCCCAGGAAAGAGUCCAAAAGGAGGUAAAUAAUUAAAGAGGUCACCUUCAAGGGUUAUCGAUUAACAACAUGAACCUUGAGUCCCCCCGUGACGGUGAAGAACAACAACAAAAUUAGUCAGGUGACAUCCAAAUGUCCAUGGGGAGACAGAGCUCUCAUUCGGGGACGUCUGACCUGUGAGUCUGUAAACUUCCAUUGGUUCAGGGAUUUGCAAGGGUUUGAGCAGAAUUUCUUUUUUUUUUUUUUCUAAUGCAAUCUACACACACACACACACGCGCGCGCACACACACACACACACACACACACACACAGAGGCUCAGAUUCUUACCUACCGAAUUGUAAUAGUGGAGCCAGCCCCCCAAUGUAUUACUAUGGUGGGCAUCAGUCAUGUCCGUGAAUUCCAGCAUCCAACCUCUGUUCUCAUUUCUAUGGGGCUGCCCCCCGUGGCCCCCUUAGCAGAGCCCAGAGGUGGAGAUUCUCUCUCUACCCACCCCUUCACCUUGGCAGCCAAGGUCCAGGGUGCAGGACCCACCCUCAGGAGGUCAGAAAUUCCUCUCAGGUCCUUGCAUUCCCAGCAAGUGUCAAGACCGAAGGAGUUUCUAGAGUUCGCUUGCAGUGACAACCCAAAACCCGAAAGACUCUGAUUUCUGUAAACUCCCCAAGCUGACUCUGCACCAGCAGCCUCGACAUCCCUUUUUGGUGUAAAGAUUUCCCUGCCCUCCCCACGUGUGUAUUUGAUCUUCUUGCCAAGUGCAUCCAGGGUCUAGAAGUUUGUAGUUUUCUAUUGAUCUUUUUCGCCCUUGUAAGUUUCCAGCCUGGGCAAAGCCACUCACAGUGUAUCCUUCUACUGUGUUCACCGUUUCCUUUUCCUCUGAGCCCCAACUGGAACAAAUGCUACACAGACCUCAGGCACGUUUGUUUGUUGCAUGCUGGUCUCCCGUCAAGGCACAAUCAUUGCAUCGUAACAAGGGACAGUGUGACAUUUCUUACCGUCUUAUCGCAGUGUCAGGGCUCUUCUUUGUGCUGAUUGUGAGUUUCACGUGUUUCCUCUCCACCGUUCAUAUUUGUGAUCCACGACGUUGAGUGGUCGUUCAACGUUGCCCCUGAAACCGAAUCUACCGCUUCUCAAGGUUUUCUGGAAGAAUUUCCGGACAGAGCGAAGCAAGCGGUUGUGCAGAACUGUUACGGUUUGAAGCCAGUUAUCUGUGACUCGAGUCAUGGCUGGCACACAGCAAAUCCUGAGCGAAAAUUCCCCAGGGGAUGGGACACGCAGGCUGAGAGAAGCCUGCGGCUGGCCUCUGUAAACCCCCAUUUUCGAAAGCAGGUUCAGUUAAAACGCUUCAUCGUUC